CCGAUUUCCAAUUUCCUGAAGCACCAAAACCCAACUGAACCACCCAGAGCACCUCUGCUCCUCCGGACAAGGCUCUCACGGGCACAUUUCGGCAGGGCCCUACGUAUCGAUUAAAGGUGCAGGUCGUGUUCUGUCCUUUACAUCGACGCGUCUUUAUUCCCAUUAUUCACUCUUUCAUCACCUUCAAUUUCUUUCGUUGGUGUUUCCUUCCUCUUCUACUAAAUAUCUAUUUAUGGCCUGCUUUUGAUGGCGCUAGGGUUGCUGCUUCAAUCAGUUGCGGCUGAAUUCAUUUCGUGGUCUCCAACAUGGCCGCUUCAAGGCUCGAUAGACUAGUCACCUUGCUGGACAAAGGUAGCACGCAGCUCAUUCGAAACACCGCUGCCCAACAGCUCGCCGAUGUCCAAAAACAAAACCCCGACAAUGUUUUCGCCUUACUCGGCAGAGUACUCCCUUACCUACAGUCCAAGUCCUGGGAUACUCGCACAGCAGCAGCCAAAGCCAUCGGUGGGAUCGUCGAAAAUGCCGAAAAGUUUGACCCCAAUGCCGACGAUGCAGGGGCCAAGAUUGAAGCCAUCAAAGCUGAAGACCAGUCGGUCAAGCUCGAGGAUAAGCCCUCUGAGGGCGAUGAUCUUCUCCAACUGGCCACACUCGAUAUCAAGAUGAUCCUUAAGUACGGAAAGAAACUUUUGGGUAGUGCCGGAAAAGAGUACGAGUAUUCAAUGGCUGGCAUGACCCCUGCUCAGCGGCUGGCACAUCAGAAGCAGAAUCUUACCGCCCGACUUGGCCUCGGUGGGGAGUACAUCGAGGAAGACCUCGUUACUGAACACGACUUCGCAGCGGGGUCUCAGUCGAAAGGCGCGCAGACUCCGGCACUGAGCCGCGUGGACACCAAGUCGGCUGUUGCACGACAAGACAGCAUCAGCACAGCAUCCCCCUUCAGUGCCUUGUCACCUUCAGAGAACAAUGGGCAUGCUUUGUCUGAAGAGUCUGGGCUAAGUAAGCGCCAGCUCAACCAACUGAAGCGUAAGAACAAGUCCGCUGCCAAAGCCGGCUCUAGCAAGAUGCGUGUCGUGGAUCUUUCCGGACGUCGCCCAUCAGAACCGGGCCAGACUCCUGUUUCUGCAACUCCGCAUCCGAUCAAGCUGAACGGACAUGAAGAGUCUAACGGUGAUGCGAAGCCGGACUACUUUUCCAUCAAGCGAGAAGGACCCGACGAUGAGACCGCACUUGUCUCCGAGUUCAAAGGCGAAGCUGUUCCUGAAAAGCCGCUGAUCCAGCCAGACGAGGAACACUCGCAUGACUGGCCUUUUGACGUCAUGUGCGAUUUCCUAUCUAUCGACCUCUUCGAUCCCACUUGGGAGAUUCGCCACGGGGCAGCCAUGGGUCUGAGAGAGGUAUUGCGCGUUCAUGGUAGGGGUGCUGGUCGACGAUACGGGAGGUCGAGAGACGAAAACGACUGCGCCAAUCGCCGCUGGCUUGAUGAUCUCGCAUGCCGCUUGCUUUGUGUUCUGAUGCUCGACCGAUUCGGCGAUUAUGUGUCGGAUACAGUCGUCGCGCCGAUUCGCGAAUCGAUAGGCCAGACUCUUGGUGCUCUGCUGACCCAACUGCCGGAUGACACGGCUAUCUCUGUGUACACGUUCUUGCAGCAGAUGAUCAAUCAGACAGAUACGGGACUGAAGCAGCCGAUCUGGGAAGUUUGCCAUGGAGGCAUGAUCGGUCUCCGGUACUUCGUGGCCGUUCGCAAGGAUCUUCUUCUGCAACAGCCUGAGUUGAUUGACGGUGUGGUGUCGGCCGUCAUCCGCGGACUUGUUCACCCUGACGACGACGUGAAGUCCGUGAGCGCCGCAACACUCGUUCCUAUUGCUGGAGAGCUCACGGCGAUGCGUCCUCAUUCAUUGGGACAGCUCAUCAGUGUGGUUUGGGAUUGUCUUCUCGACAUGCAGGAUGAUCUUAGUGCUAGCACCGGUGCCGUGAUGGAUCUCCUGGCAACGCUGUGCUCAUACGAGCAAGUUCUGGAAGCUAUGCGAAAGAACGCAGAGGAAGACCCGGAACAAUCGUUUGAGUCGCUGCUACCUCGACUUUACUUCUUCCUCAGACAUACCAUCACCAGUGUGAGAAUGGCGGUACUCAAAGCGUUGGCGACUUUCUUAAACCUCUCCAAUGCUAGCAAUAUGGGCUGGGUUGGAGGCCGAGUCACUCGGCUGAUUUUCCAAAACAUGUUGCUCGAACGAAACGAGGGCGUCCUUUGGAAGUCAUAUGAAGUCUGGCAGGGGCUCGUGACCUUCAUGGAGCACCAAGGCCAGGAACAUUUUAUAUCAAGCCUGGAACCUCACAUCAUGCCAAUGAUUAUGGCAGCGAUUCAACCCAUCGGCCAAGCACGAAGUCCCAUCCCUAUGGAUGCUUCACUCCUCAUCAAACCUUCAGGUGCUCCCAUAGCUGCAAUAUCUUCAAAGCAUAGAAACACGUCCGACUCUGAACAGCAACCCAAGAAACGACGAAAGCUCGAGAAGUCCGAGUUGAAUCAGCAGCUCUCCCAUAACACGGACGGCCACAUGCUGCAUGGCGAAGUAGAUCUGGUCGGCGUCGACGUCAUGCUCCGAACAAGGAUCGCCUGUUCGCGAGCCCUAGGCUUGCUCCUAGGCAAGCAGCAUGAAUCCAUGAUCGACUCAUACUGGACAAGCAUAGUCCCGACAAUCACCUCGGCCAAUUCUAGUUCCAGGCUGUUUGCUGCAAUGAUCUUGGAAGAAAUCGCCAAGAACCAAUCGAUCAAGCCAUCAAAAACCCCGGCAAUUCUGGCUGAAAUGCAGAAAGUGCUUGAUGACGACGGCAAUUACUGGUAUUCAGAUAUUGUAUCGUCGCUGCAAGCUGCGCGAGGCCAAUGCCAGUCACUCAUCAGUGCCUUUCAGAACAAUGCACACGUGCCUCGUGACCGGUUGCCGGCCAUUGCGGUGGUCUGUCAAGGCGACAGCGGAGCCGGGCCUAAGGCUUUCUCCCUUUCGGACGCCGAGAGGAUCGUGACAACUGAUUUCGAUCGUCUUUUGAAGGGCCUGACACCCGCACAGAGAGUGUCUGGGACACAGUAUCUGAAUGAUGCCCGCGCCAAUGCCCAGACAGCCGUGAGCGAAGCAAGAAAAGUCAAAGAGGGUCGUGAUCUGGCAGUCAAGGCCACUGUCGCGUCGGUCUUCAUUAGACUAGGCGAAAUCCCGAAGAAACCAGGUCAGCUUAUCAAAAGCAUCAUGGACAGUAUCAAAAGUGAAGAAUAUGAGGACUUACAAGCCCGAUCUGCCUCGGCGGUUGCAGGUCUCAUUGACUUCUACACUACAAGUCCAAAACGGGGCCCAGUCGAUAAGUUGGUCUCUAAUUUGGUCAAAUUCACAUGCGUGGACACAUCGGAAACCCCGGAGUUUCCGCCUAAUGGCACGUUCGAGGAUAUUGUUCUAUCUCUGCGGAAAGAGGAAGACAGGAAAGAUCAUCCGGACGCCGCACGCUUCGAAGAAGAAGCUAAAGAAGCCAGAAUCAUGCGACGUGGAGCAAAACGAGCUCUGGACGAGUUAGCCCAGUCAUAUGGAGCUGCUCUCCUCGACAAAUUACCAAUCUUCAAUUCACUGAUCGAGGGUCCUAUCCGCCAGCUCAUUGAGCCUGCAGAUCCAGCCACUCUCAAACUUGAUGAUCAGCAAGGACAGUCACUGGUCGAUGCUUUGUCCAUUUUGCGCACAAUGUUGCCCGCCCUGGACCCAGCCUUGCAUACUUGGGUCCUGUCGCUGAGCCCCUUGGUUGGGAAGGCCAUGCGUUGCAGGCUCUCUGUUAUCAGGUACAGUGCUGCUAAAUGCUUCGCAACGUUGUGCAGUGUCAUUCCUGUCAAAGGCAUGACGACCCUGGUGCAGGAGAUUCUACCAAACAUCAGCAAUCCGCUUGACCUGCGCGACAGACAAGGUAUUACAGAAUGCGUCUACCAUCUCAUUAGUAUUAUGGGGGAUAGGAUCCUACCAUAUGUCAUCUUCUUGAUCGUACCGGUUCUAGGCAGAAUGAGCGAUGCCAACCACGAUAUCCGUCUACUCGCCACAACCUCCUUCGCGACACUGGUCAAGUUGGUGCCAUUGGAAGCAGGUAUUCCGGAUCCUCCAGGUAUGCCGGAGUCAUUGCUUCAAGGAAGAGAAAGAGAGCGCAAGUUCAUGGCACAAAUGCUCGACCCCAAGAAAGUGGAGCCUUUCGAGAUACCAGUCGCGAUCAAGGCAGAACUGCGGUCAUACCAGCAAGAUGGUGUCAACUGGUUGGCCUUCCUCAACAAGUACAACCUGCAUGGCGUGCUCUGUGAUGACAUGGGGUUGGGAAAGACUCUCCAGACACUGUGCAUUGUGGCCAGUGAUCAUCACAUGCGCGCCGAGGAGUACGCCAAAACCCAGGCACCAGAGAUGAGGCGCAUGCCUUCACUUAUUGUUUGUCCGCCCACCCUUUCUGGCCAUUGGCAACAGGAAAUCAAACAAUACGCGCCCUUCUUGAAAUGCGUCGCCUAUGUCGGCUCACCCGCGGAGAGAAGUAGUCGCCGACACCUUCUUGAAGCGGCGGACGUUGUGAUCACGUCGUACGAUGUUUGCCGAAAUGACAACGACGUCUUAACACCGAUCACUUGGAAUUACUGUAUUCUCGACGAAGGACACUUAAUCAAGAACCCCAAGGCCAAAAUCACUCAAGCUGUGAAGAAGAUUAUUAGUAAUCAUCGACUGAUCCUCUCGGGAACGCCAAUUCAAAACAACGUCUUGGAAUUGUGGUCACUUUUUGACUUCCUCAUGCCUGGCUUCCUCGGGACAGAGAAAGUCUUCCAAGAUCGAUUCGCCAAGCCAAUUGCUGCUAGUCGCAAUGCAAAGUCUUCAUCCAAAGAGCAGGAGGCUGGUGCACUUGCUAUCGAGGCACUCCAUAAACAGGUCCUUCCAUUCUUGCUGCGACGACUCAAAGAGGAAGUCCUGAACGAUCUACCGCCCAAGAUUCUUCAGAAUUAUUACUGCGAUCUCAGUGACUUGCAAAAGCGGCUUUUUGAGGAUUUCUUCAAGAAAGAACGUAAGACAGUGGAGAACAGCGUGAGCUCGUCUGAUAAGGAGUCCAAGCAGCACAUCUUCCAGGCUCUGCAAUACAUGCGGAGGCUGUGCAACUCACCUGCGAUGGUGGUCAAAGAAGGGAACAAACAAUACGACGCGAUCCAGAAGCAACUUGCUGCUUCCAAGUCGAAUUUGCGGGACGUUGCUCAUGCUCCGAAGCUGGGCGCUCUGCGAGAUUUAUUGGUCGACUGCGGUAUCGGAGUAUCCAGCGACUCCAACGACAUUUCAGCCUCCAACUAUGUAUCGCAACAUCGAGCCUUGAUCUUCUGUCAGAUGAAAGAGAUGCUGGACAUGGUGCAGAAUGAGGUCCUGGCCAAGCUCCUUCCUAGCGUACAGUACCUGCGACUCGAUGGCAGCGUCGAAGCGACUAAGCGUCAAAACAUUGUCAACCAGUUCAACAACGAUCCCAGCUACGACUGUCUGCUCCUGACGACCAGUGUAGGUGGUCUGGGGCUUAAUUUGACUGGAGCAGACACCGUCAUCUUUGUCGAACAUGACUGGAACCCGCAAAAGGACAUUCAAGCCAUGGACCGCGCUCAUCGCAUCGGACAGAAGAAGGUUGUCAAUGUGUAUCGCUUGAUCACACGUGGCACACUAGAGGAGAAAAUUCUAAACCUGCAACGAUUCAAGAUUGACGUGGCCUCGACCGUUGUCAAUCAGCAAAACGCGGGAUUGGGCAGUAUGGAGACGGAUCAAAUCCUGGAUCUGUUCAAUCUGGGAGAGACGUCGGACACGGGUGGCGAAAGCGCCACAGGCGGAAAGGAUGAGGAUAUGCUGGACAUGGCAACGGGAGAAGUCAAGAAGAAAGGCGAGAAAGGUUGGUUGGACGACGUGGGCGAGCUCUGGGACGAGAGGCAGUACGAGGAAGAGUUCAAUUUGGACUCUUUCGUCCAAAACUUGCAAAAAUAGAGAGGCUGGAAGAUAUUUCGAGCAUGGCAUCACUAAUGUAUUGGCGGUGUUGGCAGAGUUUGGAUCCCAGUGAGCCCUAAGGCUAGGACGCAGCUUGGGCAAAGACUACCAGGAUGUCUGCGCAGGGAAAUGGCCGUGGGCAUAUCUUCCCCCUUUUCGAGGAUACAGUAUCUUGAAGUAUGGAAAAAUGCGAAUAUGGCUGCUCAACGGGG